AUGCUGGCCAAAUUCUUCUUCAAUUUAUUUACCGGCUGCGACAACGGUAACAACAAUAAACACGUCGACACUGUCUCAGUCAGUAAAUGUCCAUUUGCUAACAGCCCAUCGUAUCGCACCAAUUCUGCUAAACGAAACUCUACCGAUUACCACAAGAGAAAUUCUUCUUCGGGCGCAUAUACACCAUCUUUUACGUCUUACAUAUUUCCAAACACAAACAUAUCGUUGCUAAAUGCCAAGUUCAAAGCAUCGUCCAAAGCUUCACCGCCUCCCUCCCCCGCGCGUCCGACUCCAUACACAUACCCCCGCGACAGCUUAAACAGCCUUUUCAAAAAUGUAAACAACUCGUGGCCUCCAAAGAGUUCUCCUUCAACUGUACCAUACCCGCUCUCGCUAUACGUUCAACUUUGUGACCAAAUACCGUCACGCAUGACAUCAGAUGCAUACACUCAUGUUGAAUUUAUGGCAUGGAUGAUCGAAUAUUUGUCCAAAAAUAUAUUGCAUGUAAUGACCGAUGUUAUGAACAAAAUUGAAGCACUACAACCGGGGGAUGGUCAUUAUGAAGCCAUGUUAAGCUGUCUAAGCGUUUGUCUUCUUUCAUACCGUUGGGGUCCUCUUCCUAACGGUUCUUCCGUUGCCUGUGUCUCGUCUCUCCAGCUCCCAAGCGAGUUAACCAUACCAUUUACACGAUUGACAUCUCGAAUAGGGUUACCGCCUUGUCCUACAUUGUAUUCGACUAUAUUGUGUAAUUGGACCGAGUCCACUACCCUCAAUAUCGAUAAUGAAGAAGUUGUUUGGCCACUCGAUACAAGAUUUACGUUUAGCAUGAGAGACGAUAAAGACAUAGGAUCAACCACAGAGAGAGGAUUCUAUCUUAGUGUUAUUAGAAUGGAGAGCAUGGCAAAAAAAUUAUAUGAGCGUGCUGCUACGUUGGUUGAACUUGUGAAUGGAUACGCGGAUAUUCCAUCAAAGCCAAUGAGCAAGACUACAAAGGACAACACAGGAAUGAAAGAGCAAAAGAUAAUUGAAGCAAUGUCUCAACUACGUCAUUCUGCUACGCAAGUCUUUCGCGUAUUCUAUAGCAUGACUGCUAAAAGUACCCAAUCAUCUCGCGGUUGUCCAUUUGCCUCUCCGUUUGCAAUGUCUGCAUCCGCAUGGUCGACACACGCACAGACACCAACGGGUUGGGAAUUGUCGGGUUUCAAGGGCAUUUCUGGAUCUCAAUCACUAAUCAUUCCAGUGUUGGACACUGUUCUAUCAUGUGUUGGUACAUCGCCUGCAUAUCUAGAUGCGGUUGACUCGUAUAAGCACUAUACAACGCAGACCAUGCGAAAUUUCGUUGAUUCCAUCAAAAACGCUCCGGUAUCUCUUCGUGAAUAUGUGAUGAAGUCAAAAUCGGUUGCACUCAGGAAAGAGUACAAUCAAUUAAUCAAUUCUUUGGCAGUGUUUAGAAUGGGGCAUAGGGCAGUUGGAAAGAAGUAUCUUGGGGGAGGAGAGGGUAACGCAGAGGCAGAAAAAACUGCAGGUGAAUUGGUUGAUAAAAUACGAAAAGAUGGUGAGUCAACGGUUGAUACGUUCGCUAGGGCAAUGACAGAGAGAAUAUUAGAAACAAAAAAAUUGCUUGUAGAAGAAAUACGUUAG